GAUACAGUGUUCUUUUCUGUUCGGCCACGAACUUGUUUGUUGACAUGUUUUUGAGGCAGUCACGCCCAACGGUGAUAACUGAUUCGCUUUCGUACCGAUGAUUCGUGAGUUUUCGUCUGGUGGUCAGCAUCACGAUCCACGUUUCAGUGACAGUUCGUCGGCGUUUUUCUCAAUGGGCGGAAACGAAGACUUGAGUGAGGGAUCGGCCUUCCUGCUCGAAAAAACAGCAGGAAAUGAAGGGCCGAAAACCCUUGACAAGGAGUCACAGGCCGAUGGAACCGAUCGUCCAGAUGCACACGAAGGCCUGUCUCACUCGCAUGAGAACAAGACACCAAAUCACGCUGAUGACGAACGUAAACAGGCAGAGGCUCAAAUGGAGGCCACAGUUCACGCGAAGCAGCAUGUCACAGAACACGAAGACAUCUCGGAUGCGAAAACCCCGGCAACCGACACACUGAGAGAAAUUUCAGCAGCUUCGGAAAUCCUUACGCAGCCCGAUACCCACCGAAGCAACAAUGGAAGCUGUCCCAUGGCGGAACCCGAAGAACAAAAACGAAACACAGUGACAGCCGAGGAAAUUCCGAAUGAUCAGAACGUCACUGGGAUACAGAAAAGACGCCCUGCAAAAGCUGCAUUGAGGCACCUGUCACGAACAAUAUCUCGAACCUCGUCUUCAGUCCGAGGCAUUCGCAGAAGCAUAGGAAAGAAGAGCGAACAAGUGAACAAAUUAUGGAAUUUCGUGCUCAGUCAGGCAAUGGGCAUUUCUUCGCUCUGCGGUCUUCUCUCAGUACUGUUCCUGUCGCUUGCGGUUAUUUCGUGUUCAUGGAGAUCCCACGAAUUCCAGUUCGAAGAUCGCAAUGGCAACAACACAAUCUCCGUGUUCUGCAGCCUUGACAGCGUUCGCCGCAUUCACCAGCUGAAACGGUUCAACGAAACGGGAACACUGUACCUGCUAGAUAAGCCAAGGAAGUAUGCGGAUCUCAUCGACAGCCCGUAUUGCUUGGAAGACCCAGACGGUGCUCAAAACAGCACGCACUCUCUUCCUCUAUCUCCUUCGAAGGAAACUGAUGACUAUCCACCAGAACAGAUUGUGGAGAAUCAAACUAUAGGUUCUGAACCCUCUUCUCGUCGACUGGCUGUCGGUGCAGACCAAGAUGCUCGUGAAGCUGCUAAGCUUAUGGAAGGCGUCGAAGAAUAUGCCGAUUUGGACGAUGGCCACAAGUAUCCCCAGCGACAGGAUGGAGACUCCGUUUUGCCUGCUGGGAACAGCAUUUCGAGCAACGCCACAUUCCCUGUGAAAGACGCUGACAGCGAUAGUGUUGAUCUUGAAAGAGUGUCACCCAGGAUGGACUCUCUCAAAACUAAAAAGGAAAGCGAGGGACUCUUUCUGAGCGACUGGGCUCUAGCACCAUUUCAGGUCAUUUUUGGACGAGAUCCUGCUGCCUCAGGGAACAUGACAGACGACAUGGCUCGCGUUCGUCGAACCCUUUUGGGUCCGGCAGUGUAUGAGCUCAACUGUCGCUAUUUACCGGAGCUGAAGAAGGCCGGUGAAGCAUUUUGGUCGUUGGUCAUCCCUGCCUUCGUCUUCGCAGCCAUUGGCCUCUUGUGCAGUUGGUUAUGCACCACCUGGGGUCGAAUGCUGACAGGCGGCUUGAUUCACCCAUCAUUCACAUUGAAAAUGCUCGGAACGCUUUCUUGGAUUGUAUCGCUUGUUUUAUUGGUUGCUGGUCUGGGAGCUUGGGGAACCACUUCCGAUGUUGCCGCUUGUGUUAGCGCCGCUGGAGGUUCAACAGUCUGCAAACUCGGCAUUUCUAGUGGUAUCGCGGUGAUUGCGUUGGCGCUGAACUUGCUGGCAACCAUUUGGUUUUGUGUCCAUUUCACCGACCGUCACAUCACGGAUUUAAAGCUUGAGGCGUCACAAGAGACUGGUGAAUCAUCUGCCUACGAGAGAGAGCUCGCCUCACGUCAAGGUGCUGAACGUGAUCUGGAAGCCGGCAAACGCGCCGAGCACCGCCACGCCUCUGAAGACCGCCACAUUCCGAAAAUCGUUGUUGGCAACGCAGAAGAGUUGGAGGCAUUCAGUUCUGACGCCAGCAACAACGGUCACCAACGACAAGGAUCCGGCAACCAUCUACGGAACCUUGUCCGCCAGAUUACUCAGUUAGCGAGUACCUUAUUGCUGAAGCUCGUACCUCCCGUCAUCAUUGCCUUCACACCCGCAAGUCUUCAGCCCGCCGCGCCGCAGGCAGCUGCAAUCAUCGCGUCAACGAUUUCAGAAGCAGUCUUGGACUUGUCCGAGAGAAUCUAG